UUAAGCUACUGAGUAGAUAAUUAACUUUUAUAAUAAGAAUUGAUUCUCACUUAUCUGUAUUCUUUAUACUUCAUAUCAAGUCAACGACCGUUCAAUUUAAAACAUCAACGUCAGUUCAAAUUAGUCUAUGAACCUCUUCUGUCAUCGACUUUGAGCUCGCGAAAAUGAUUGUCGAGAACCGUAAAAUGUACGUCAGGUUUCAAACUCUGAUCAGGCGCUUGCAGUUAAUUAUCAGUUUUUGGUCAUCUAAGGAUUCGAGUAUUUUAUUUUUAUCACUACCGUACUUGCAUCUAUGUGCUUUUGUACUACCGUUAAUCGGCGUAGCUAAUUUUUUUAGAACUUACAUUUCAAACAUCAAUCUUGUUACGAAAGGUUUGAGUGUUAUGGUUGGAUAUUCUACAGUUAUGAUGAAAAUGAUAACAUUUAUAGUGAAGCGCAAAGAAAUAAACAAGCUACACUCGAUCCUCGAGCCGUACGUCGAAAAAUUGGUCGAAAAAUCUGGAAUGUCGCAUGAUGUUUUAAGAGAAGUGAGUAUGUUUCGAAGAUUAUGUGCAACUUUAACCGGGUGCGUAACAACAUCAUCCACUCUGUAUGCGGUGAUACCUCUAGUAACAGUGUUCAACCAAUGGAGACACAACAAACCGAUAAAAAUGAACCACCUUUACCCCGUGAUCUAUCCCUGGGAAAAAGCCCCUACUGGCCCGGUGUUCUACUGCCAAAUUAUCAAUGAGUAUUUCACAACGUUCAGUAUCAUCACAGUAACCUCCAGCGUAGACUCUUUGUUCGUUUACUACGCAUUCCAAAUGGUCUGUAUGAUUCGUGACAUUGCACAUAACAUUUCGUCUCUGACUGAGGAAAACUGUCAAGAAAUUAUCGGUAAAUGUGUACGUCAAUAUACAGUGUUGCUAGAAUGCAGGAGCGAAAUGGACAAUGUUUUUGGACCGAUAAUUCUCUGGUCGAUGGGAACUAAUGCUGUCGUACUUUGCGGGCUAAUUUUUCAGCUGUCUCACGCUAAAACAAUACCAGUUUUGACAAUGUUUUUGUGUGCAGCAUACGUUGCCUUCAAAGUGACACAAAUUUUUAUGUUUGCAUGGGCUGCAUCAAAAUUUACUACGGAGAGUGACGAUCUGUCAGACACUAUCUACGCUGCUGAUUGGUUUGGGAGUAAAAAUAGAAUGAAGGCGAUAACAAUCAUGCUGGCCCAGAGGCCUUUGGUUUUUACAGCUUGCAGCUUUUCAACGAUAUCAAUUGAAAUGUUUUCGGCAGUUAUGAACACAACGAUUUCAUAUUUUCUUCUACUGAAAAAUUUCGACCCUGAUGCUUAA